UGUUUUCAUGGAAUCUGUUGAUGCUUCAGAGUACUCAAAAACUGGUGAUAAGAUGUAUGACCUGCUUAAUAGAUUUAUAGAGCGUGUUGGAGAGGCUAAUGUGGUUCAAGUUGUGACAGAUAAUGCUAGCAAUUGUGUGCUUGCAGGGAAGUUGUUAGAAACAAAGUGCCCUCAUUUGUAUUGGACUCCUUAUGCUGCUCAUUGCCUAGAUUUGAUGCUAGAAGAUAUUGGAAAAAUUCCCAAAAUUCAUAACACAAUUAAAAGGACAGUGACAUUGAAUGGAUAUAUUUACAUAUGUCCGGGUGUGGUGAACAUGUUGCGGCACUUUACUGGUGAAAGAGAGCUAAUUAGGCCAGCUGUCACAAGAUUUGCAACUGCUUUUCUCACCCUUCAACGUAUACAUAAGCACAAGGUGAAUUUGAGAAAGAUGUUUACCUCAGAGGAAUGGACCAAAAGUAAGUGGGCAAAAGAACUGUCUGGUAAAAAAGUAUACAGUAUUGUCAUGAUGCCUACUUUUUGGACUAAUAUUGUUUAUAUCUUAAAGAUAUUUGGUCCAUUAGUUCGUGUGCUUAGAUUAGUUGAUGGUGAGAAAAUACCUGCAAUGGGAUAUAUUUAUGAGGCGAUGGAUAGGGCUAAAGAAGCAAUUGCAAAGUCAUUUGAUGAAAAUGAAGAAAAAUACAGGACAAUUUUUGAGAUUAUUGAUAAACGAUGGGAAAGCUAACUCCAUCGACCUUUGCACGCAGCUGGAUAUUAUUUGAAUCCUGAAUUUUUUUAUUCAAAUGAGAAAAUUAAUGAAGAUGUUGAGGUUGUUACCGGUUUAUACCAAGUUGUAGCAAGGUUGAUUCCAAGCAAAGAAGAGCAAGACAAAAUAAUGGCACAAUUACCUUUUUAUCAAAAU